AUGAGUUUGAAUGAUGCAUCGUCCACCUCGACUACACCUUCGCUUCAACAACAACAACAACAACAGUCAAACCAACAACAACAACAACAACAACAACAACAACAAGCACAACAUCAGCCACUGCAAAAUAGUAUAUACGCAUCCAAUUCACCAACACUAGAACGGAAUAAUAAUGCCCAGGGUACAGGACUACACAGUGCUAGCACAAACACCAGCAACACCAAUUUGUCCAACACUAACAACGGCACUACCGGACAAAACAUUUCCACUUCAGGCAAUGACGACACCAAAAGCAUACCCAACACAAACAGCAACACCACCACCAAUUCCAAACCUAAUCUUACUAGUCAAAACAAUUCAUCGUCAUCGUCAUCCCUAACUAAAAAAGUUUCUCGUCACGCGCACAAGGACACUACAACCAGGGGGAAAUACAGUCUCAAUGAUUUUCAAAUAUUGCGAACAUUGGGAACAGGCUCAUUUGGACGAGUUCAUUUAACUAGAUCCAUCCACAAUGGUCGUUUUUACGCCAUGAAGGUGUUGAAAAAGGAACGAGUUGUUAACAUGAAACAAGUUGAACAUACUAAUGAUGAACGAAGAAUGUUGAAAUUGGCCCAACAUCCGUUUAUUAUUCGAAUGUGGGGUACUUUUCAAGAUUGCCACAAUUUAUUCAUGAUUAUGGAUUAUAUAGAAGGGGGUGAGUUAUUUUCCUUGUUGCGAAAAUCACAACGAUUCCCUACACCAGUGGCUAAAUUUUAUGCUGCAGAAACAUUUCUUGCCAUUGAAUAUUUACACAAUUUGGAUAUCAUUUAUCGUGAUUUGAAACCUGAAAAUAUCUUGUUGGAUAAAAAUGGACAUAUUAAAUUGACUGAUUUUGGAUUUGCUAAAGAAGUUCAAGAUGUAACUUAUACAUUAUGUGGUACUCCCGACUAUAUUGCUCCUGAAGUUGUAGCUACAAAACCAUAUAACAAAUCAGUUGAUUGGUGGUCAUUUGGGAUAUUGAUUUUUGAAAUGUUGACUGGUUAUACUCCAUUUUAUGAUCCAACUCCCAUGAAAACUUAUGAAAAUAUCUUGAACGGAACUAUAACUUACCCCGACUAUUUACCACCAGAUAUUUUGGAUCUUUUACAAAAAUUGAUUGUUAAAGAUUUAACUCAAAGAUUGGGUAAUUUACAAGGUGGAUCAAAUGAUGUCAAAAAUCAUCCGUGGUUUAAAGAAGUUAUUUGGGAACGAUUACUUUCACGAGAUAUUGAAACUCCUUAUGAACCACCAAUUACUUCUGGUGUCGGUGAUACUUCACAGUUUGACAAGUAUCCAGAAGACAAGGAUUUGGAUUAUGGUAUAAGUGGAGUUGAAGAUCCAUAUCGAGAUAUGUUUCAGGACUUUUAA